AUGGCGGCCGAUCAUUACAAUGCGGUAGUAGCUGUAUUUGUGGGAUCUGAAGAUCAAAUCGAUGUUGACGAAAAUGAUGAGGAAGUAUUAGACAUUUUUAAUAACGAUAUUUUCGUUAUUAACAGUGUUUGUGCUGCACUCCUGUCUAGAGAGGAUCGUCGUAGAAUUAUUGGGUAUGUUAAUAAAGUUGUUCCAGAUUAUAGAGAAGAGGAAUUCAGGCGCAUGUUUCGAGUCGGUAGGCAGACAUUUGACAUACUGUGUGGCUAUUUUACAAAUUCCCCACAUUUCCCACAAAAGGAAGGAUUUGGUGGACGAGAGCCUGUUGCAAUAAAAACACAAUUACUAGUCACCCUUUGGUACCUUGGAGGACAGGAAACUAUUAUAAAAAUUGCUGAUAGAUUUGGAAUGUCUGAAUCUACUGUUAUCAUGUGCAGAAAAAAGGUAGUCAACUUCAUUCUGGAACAUUUGAUGUCAAAAUUCAUUACUUGGCCAGUUGGCCAGCAAGCUCAGGAAACUGUAGACAAAUUCAGCCAAAGAAAUGGAUUUCCAGGGAUUCUGGGUUCUCUGGAUGGUACCCAUAUUAAGAUAAAAGCACCCAAACAUCGACCACAAGCAUAUGUCAACAGGAAAAAUUUUCAUUCACUACAACUUCAAGCAGUGUGCAAUACAGAGAUGGUGUUCAUUAGUUGUUUUGCUGGGUUCCCUGGAAAAACUCAUGAUGCUCGUGUGCUUGCUUGCUCAGAUUUGUGGGACACUGGUCCAGAAUUGUGUCAAAAUUAUCAUAUCAUUGCUGAUGCAGCAUAUCCAUUGCAGACAUGGUUAUUGACGCCAUACAGAGACAAUGGGCAUUUGACUCCUGAGCAGAGAAAUUACAACUUCAAGCAUUCUGCUAAUCGAGUCAUUAUUGAGAGGGCUUUCAGCUUAUUAAAAGGUAGAUUUAGACGACUGCAGAACUUAGAAACCUGCCUGGUCCUCACUGCAUGUGAAAUAAUAAUGGCUUGUUGCGUGUUGCACAAUAUUUGUCUGCUUGAGCAUGAUAGUAUUGAGGAGUUUCUAGAUAGAAAUGAUGAUGAAAAUCAUGAUGGACAACCCCUCCCAGCACUUGCUUAUGUAAAUAAUCAAGCAUUGCUGAAGAGAAAUAACAUUGCAAGAAAUCUCUAGAUUAAUCAAGAAUCAUAUGCAUUACCUCAAUUCACCUCACCCAUGGAUUUUUGGAUACAUGUCAGAAUUUGUAUAGUUAAUACAAUGGAAAGUUUUUAUUUUCAUUUUCAUGUGUAUUGCAUGUUAUUC